UGCUGUGGUUCAGAAAGAGUUUUGUUUCACAGUUAAUCUCAUCUGCUCCCAGGUGCUCGUUGCUCUCCAGAGUUCUGAAAUCAGUGCCCUGUAAAUGUGCUUAAAUCAUAAAUAUAUGAAAUGACACAUAACACUGGUUCUCUGUGCAGUAACUGUUGUGAUUUAAUGAUGCUGUUAAUUUGCACGACUUUAGUAGAGGCAAGAAUUGGAGCUGUUACAUUGUGGGGGGAAAAAGAGAAACGGACCAGAAAGACAGGAGAAUUCUUUUCCCCAAAAUCUUGCAGCAUCUGAGAAAUAUAUAAUAAUUGUUUUAAUUUUAAAGGAGUAUUAAAUCCUUCUAUACUAAGAUAAAUGGUGGGUAAGAACAAACGUGAAAUCAGCUGAAAUAACUGUUGGCUCCUGACCUCUCUGUGUGCUGUUCCUUCGUGACCUGCCACUCUCAUUUCCAGUCCUGUGUGCUCAGAGGUGCUGACGUUGGGAUCAGUUCUGGUGGAUUAAUUACUUCUGAGUGGGUAGCAUGCAUUGAAAUCAGAACUGUUUCUAAUCCCUUUAUAACUGUCAAUUUCUGCAGCACGUGAUGAAAAACACCAUCGUUGCACUGCUCUCCCUGGUGCACUCACGUCCUGGUGAGCAGCCCUGUGCUGUGAGCUGCUUCUGCAGCAUGGGCAGAACGCACGGUGCUGUGCAGGGCUCAGAGCCAAGUGGCUCCUCUUUAGUUUAGCAUUGUGUGCACUGCAGUGCAGGCAGCUGGCAGUGCAGGUGCCAGGCUGGGCUCGUCUGUUCAGAACUGUCCAUUUGUUCAGUUCCCCAGCACUGUAAGCCAGGGCUGAGAGGCAGCAGUGAGUUUGUGUCUACUUCUGGUGCAGAUAUUUGCUGUAAUUAAAAGCUAUUCUGACCUUUUUCUACUUCAGUUUUAUCACUCUAAAACUUCAUUGUUGUUCUGCUUGCCUCCUUGCAAUGUGGCGGUGCUUGGGCUCCAGGUUUGGGCAUGGGAGGGCAGUGUGGCACUGGAGGCUGUAGGCACUGCAGUGCUGCUCAUCACCCACAGCUGAGACUGUGUUUUCUGACAGUAACUGGAUUUUGUUGUAUAUUCAUGAAAUGAUAGUAGUGCUAAAUUAAAUUAAGAAUUGCAUUUAUUUUUUGAGAGCAAAGAAAAACAGAAAAUAAGAUGUGUAUGAAGAUCUUAGUGGCAUUUGGAGAGCGAUCUGCAGUUCUGCUGUAGCUGUGAGGAGGUGGAAGUUGGUGCUGUCUGAGCUCCUCUUAGCAAACUUAUGUCCUGAGAUUAGGAAUUUCUUAUCUGUUCUGAGAUCUCUCUUACAAGAGUCAAAUCUCUCCUGCCUUAGCAUCCCCUGUGUUGGUCUGGCUCCUAGAGCUGCUCAUUACGAUACCUGGAGAGCUGGCAGAAAAAACGGGACAGUUUGCGUGGAACUCAAGAAGGAAUGCAGCACUUUGGCCUCUUGCCUGUUGUAGCUGCCCUGGUCACAAGGAGGAACUUCUGCCUUGUCAGAUGAUCAUAAAAAGGACACUGUUUAACCAGGUUGCAGAUCAGGCAUAGAGCAUGAGGUGUGUGCACAAAGUACCUGCUGCAAAACCCACCCAGUUUUCUUACUAUUGAAACCUCUAAAAGUCACUCGUGGUGACUCCUUCAGCUUCAGUUAGUGCUCGGAAAUCUGCGGCCACAACUGGUGGGUGACAGCAGUCAGGGCCUCGGCUGUUCAGUGGCUUUGAAACACUUUCUAGAUCUGCCCUGUGGCUUCUUGGCACUUCUGCUGUCUCUUCUGGCUUUCAUUUGUUGUUUGUUGCCAUCAGUUUGCUUCGUGCAGUGAUGGUGUUUAGAAAUGGUGCCAGGAAAUGGGAAGCCGUGUGAGGAGCAGCGUGUGUCUCCUUGUUGGCUUUACUUGGGUGCUUGGGAAGGGCUGCUUUGUUUCUUAAUUAAUUUGAUGUUACGGAGGAAAAGUGAAGAAAAGUAAUGACUGUCUUUUUUUAUAACUGUUGUCCUUCUUUGAAGAAUGAAUGUUAUUACAUUGCCAGAUAUUUUCCUUCUUUAUUUAUAUUGUUAUUUUAUUCUGUACUGCAGUUACUGGAGAAAUCUGAGUAAUUGCCAUAUCUCCUUUUUAUUGUUGGUAAUUUCCUGGAGCAUUUCAUUAGUAACCUGUAUGAGGAAGGCUCUUGUGGGCAGCACUCAGUGUCAGGCAGGGUAAUUCCUGCCUGAACGAGCAGCUCAGUGGCUGGAGAGGGGAAUGAUUUGAUUGGUGAAAUGUUCCAAGAUAUUUUUACUAGUAGCAUUAAUGGGCAAAUCACAUGUUCAUGUUUUGAAAAUAUAUUCGUGGGGCUUUUUUUAUAUGUAAAGCUGAAAUAAUUAAAGCAUCCUUUGAAAUACCAAAUGAAGUUGGGGAAGGUGAUCGCUGAGUCUGGAGUCUUGUCCCACAGCCAUCCCUGUGCUCUUGUUUGUGCAUUCAGUGUCUUCCAGCAUGUGCUGGGAUGGUGUAGCUGGGAAACAGCACAGAAUAACCAAAUUCUGUCACUUUCUCAGUCCCAAAGACUUGCAAAACCAAUUGGAAUGGUUAAAAAAAACCAAAAAACAAAAACAAAAACUGAUUAAUAAUUAUUUUUAAAAAUGAAUUAUAUUCUGCAGAAUUUAAACUCAAAAUGUUGGUGAUGUUCUGGAGCAGCAGCCUGCGGGUUGUUCCCUGUGUGCCCUACAGCUCCAGCUGUGCUCGUGGCUGUGUCAGCAGCCCUGCCUGUGGAUGAGUCAUUUUUCACAUCUGAUCAGCAAUUGAGGAUCAUUUCUUAUUUGUUUUUGUAUCUUUGCUCUUGUGCAACAGAUCUCAUGCUUGACUCCUAAGUGAGACAAGGGAAGAACUUGCAGUGACUGUAGCUUUAACGUGGGGCAGUACGUUGGAGUAGCAGUUCCAGUAUUGACUCACAGGAUGGGUUGCUCAUUAUGUGCAGUGUAGUAAAUGCCUGGAGUUGUGGGAUAUUUUGAGUUCAAUGCUUCACCGCAGCCUCCCGGUUAUUUAACCUUCUUUACAUCAGCUUUACAUUCAUUAAAGAAAGAUUACCUGGGAACAAUACGCUUCGGAGUGAUCACGGAUAAACACGUGGCAGAGGAGAUCUCGUUGGUGCAUCCAGGCAGUGUGUAUUUGCACAGACACAUCAACACAUCUCUUAUCUAUCCAAGUGACAUCAUGAACUACACAGCUGAGAAUGUGUGCAAGUGGGCUCUAGAAAAUCGAGAGCUGCUCAUCCGCUGGCUGAGACCACAUGGUGGGAAAAGCCUUCUUCUGAACAACGAGCUGAAGAAAGGGCCGGCGCUCCUCGUGUUUGUACCUUACAACCCCUUGGCAGAAAUUCAGCCUCUUUUAGAUGAAAUUACCAAAGUGGCCUUGGAAUACCACAGCUGUAACAAAAGCCAGGCAGCUGAACCAGAGCUUCAGCACUUAGGGAAUAGUGAUUCACCAGCUUCGGAUUCCUCUGAUCCAGAUGCACAUAUGAAAUUGUCAGAAACAUUUUUGAUAACCAAGUACCCAUGCUGUAACACAGUGGUGCUUCCGCAGUGGCACUCAAUAUCCAGAACUCACAAUGUGUGUGAGCUUUGCAUUAAUCAGACACUUGGUGUCAAACCAGAUAAAGUCAAUGUGCCACACUGCAACUUCUUUGAGAUAGAAACAGCUUUGGACUCUUUCUACCUCCAGGAACACACCUUUUUUCAAGUUGUUUCGAAUAGCAUUGAAUGCAGCAAUUUCCUAAGUUUCUAUAGUCCCUUUAGCUAUUACACUGCAUGUUGCAGAACAGUCGAUAGACAUUUUUUAAGUUUCAUUAGUUCUGAGAAGACCAUCUUUCAGACCCCUAAAGUUGCAUUUUCUUCCCAUGGGAAGGAAGAUAAUGCUGACGUCCAGAAUUCUAUUCCUCAUAUUGAGGAUAGGAACUGCUUUAUCUCUGACCUUCAUAUUAGUGGCACUAACAUUACUGGUCUGAGCUGCAGGACCAACAAAACCUUGAACCUCUAUCUGCUGGAUUCAAAUCUCUUUUGGAUAUAUGCAGAGAGACUUGGAGCAUCAAGGUCAACUCAUCUUAAGGAGUUCGCUGCCAUUGUUGACCUGAAAGAAGAGCUGCACUAUGUCCUCGAUCAGAAUCAGUCACUUACAGGACCUGCCCUGGAGAACUUCAUUAAAAAUUUCAGCAUUGUCUACAGUCCUUUGAAGAGGCAUCUUGUGGAUGGAGCCUCAGCCCGUGUCCCUGCAGAGCGCGUCAUGGUUGAAGUGACCACCAGCACCUUCAAUCACGUCGUGUUGUCAAGUGAAAAGAAUGUCUUGCUGCUCUAUUAUGCACAGUGGUGUGGAUUCUGUGCUUCUCUUAAUCAUAUCUUUAUUCAGCUUGCUCGGCUUUUGCCUCCAGAUCAUUUCACUGUGGCAAGAAUUGAUAGCACUCAAAAUGAUCUUCCUUGGGAAUUCAUGACAGAUCGUCUCCCAACCAUUUUAUUUUUUCCUCAUCACAGGAAGGAUAAAAGUGUGAAGUUCCCAGAAGACUUUCCAGUUAGCCUUCCUCAUCUUCUUAAAUUUAUUUUACAUCACUCAAGUCUUUCUUCAUCAGAGCCCUGCACCAAAGAAUGCCUCCAUAAAGAGACAGUUUUACAGCAAGGACACAUCGCCCACUUGGAGAAAGAAAUUCAGAAAUUAAGAUCAGAAAUUAGGGCCCUACAUCGAGCCCACGAGUCCCUUGAGGCACAGCUUUCCGAAGCUAGAAGAGAAGAACAUCGACUACAGCAGCAGAAGCACACACUGGAAAAGCAGCACAAGACUCUGCAGCUCCACAGCCAGCAGUUACAGGCAACAUACGAUCAGAAGAAUCGGGAAUUACUAGAAAUGGCUGAAAAGCUUCAAGAACUGGCUGACGCAUCAGAAAACCUCCUUAAGGAGAAUGCAUUACUAAGAAUCUUGGUCGCAUCGAGGGAAGGAAAGCUACAGAGCAAAGAUGAAUCUAAAGAAGCCCUUCAGUCAGAGCACACAGUUGCUGAUGACAGCAGUUUAUUAGUUUCAACAGCUCUUAUCACAGAGGAAAAAAGGAUUGAUCACGUUGAUACUGCAGCAACAGAACACAGUAGUGAAAAUAGGACAGAAUAAGUGCUUACAUGGAGUCAUGAUGCUGUACUGAGUAGGUAUUUAUGCAGAUUUUACUGAAAUCCAUUGUAAAUAAAGACUUCUUCCCCAUUAUCUAGAAAAAGAAAAUCAAAUGGAAUAUUUUUGUAUACUUGAACAACUUAUUAGCUACCCCAUUCUAAAGCGAAGAGGAGGAGUAUGGAAAACUUUCUGCACUUUACUAUUGCACUAAUUUGCAAACACCUAUCCAUUUAAAAUUAAAGAUGCUGAUGUUUAGGGGCAGCAGUACAAAGCAUCUCUAUGGACCAAUUAUUUUUCCACUAGCUUUCUCUAACAGCUGCUAGAAGAAAAGUUAGACCUUUAAUUUACACUUCUCCAUACAUUUCUGAAAUGCUUACUGCGUUGUUUGCAGAAUUAAAAUGAAAUACUUCAUCCCUGUAAUCAGUGAACUUGAAUGGACAAACUACUUUAUUCAAGAACUUCAGCACUUUGUAUCACUUUUGUAUACCAGUUACCUGACUGUCUUGAAAUCUGCAAGAGCCAUGUGUGAACUGUUACCUAGUGAAGCAAAACUAAAGAAAAAUCUUACUGAA